AUGUCUUUUCAAUUUGACGCUAAUAGUAAUGAAACUCUGCUAUCGACCUCUACCUCUUUUCUGUUUGAUUCAUCAUCGUUUUGGUUGCUAUUUCGUAUUAAAUUACUCAUCUUGAUACCAUGUGUACUUGCAUGCAUCAUAUUGUUUCUUUUAAUAUUUUAUUUACUGAAAUAUUUCAUUGAUUAUUGUCGAAAAUCACGUCAGAAACUAAUUAUUAAUCAUCGUCGAAACACAAAUGAUAAAUGA